AUGAAAGAGGUGGACCUGCCCAGUCUGGGGAUUUCUGGCACCCGUUUGCGUCGGGGUGUUACGGGCAGCAUCCUGGUGUCCAUUCCUGGACGGGAUUCCGGUUGCAAGGCGGAAGCUAUGUCUGGCAAGCUUCGCAGGCUCUUCCCGCCUGAUAGUGGUGUGAGGGUUGGCCACCUCUCUCGUAUGGAGGAAAUACGAGUCCGAGGAAUUUUGGCCUACAUGCGAACGGACGAGAUUCUGUCUUCUUUGGCGGUGUCAGGUAGAUGUAGGGUUGCUGACUUGAAGGCGGGGGAGAUCCGUGUUUUCCCUAAAUCCAAGGUUGGCACUCUCUGGGUCCGAUGUCCAACUGUGGCUGCGCGAAGACUGGGGGUGCAGGGCAGCAUUGUUAUGGGUUGGGCGAGGCUGACGGUUACUCCGCUGGCUCGUCGGCCCAUACAGUGUUUCAGAUGCCAUGCCUUUGGACAUUUGUCCAAUAGGUGUGGCUCUGAGGUUGUUCGCAGCAACUGCUGCUUUAGGUGCGGAAAGGAGGGGCAUCCGGCAGCGAAAUGUGAAGCGCCGCCACUGUGUGCCCUGCAGCAUCAGCGGGAAGCCGGCGAAUCAUUGUGCGGGUUCAAGCGCAUGUGCAAGGAGGUGUGA